AUGCCGGCGGGUGUUUCGACAAAGGAAUACGUUAAGUUUAUGGCGGCGGCUAUGUUUUCGAUGUUUGCCGGUUCGCAGCUCGUGCACACGUACUACAAUCCGCUAAAGGAUUUAAACUAUUACAUAGAGAAGGAAAUCCAAUCGCAACGGUUACGAGAAGUUCCACAGCCGGACGAAGCGAGAGGUGCCACUGAUCAUGGAAUAAAAAAGUAAUAUGAAAGACUA